AUGGUCGAGAAUUUCCAGAAUGUUCAGGGAGAUGUACUUCCUCGAAGCAGUGACUUAUUAGACGAUGAUGGCCGUCCCAAGCGAACAGGGACGGUGUGGACAACAAGUGCACAUAUCAUAACAGCAGUAAUUGGGUCAGGAGUGUUGUCUCUGGCUUGGGCUAUUGCUCAGCUUGGUUGGGUGGCUGGUCCAGUGGCAAUGCUACUCUUCUCUUUUGUCAGUUAUUACACUUCUACUCUCCUCGCUUCUUGUUACCGCUCGGGGGACCCUGUCACCGGCAAGAGAAACUACACUUACAUGGACGCUAUCCACUCCAACCUCGGUGGCAUUAAGGUGAAAUUAUGUGGAAUUGUGCAGUAUGUUAAUCUCUUUGGUACUGCAAUUGGUUACACUAUUGCAUCAGCGAUAAGUCUCAUAGCAAUCCAGAGGACAACUUGCCAACAUAACAAUGGGGGAAAAGAACCUUGUCCUGUCAAUGGCAAUGCUUACACUAUGGGGUUCGGUGUACUUCAAAUCAUAUUAUCUCAGAUUCCUGAUUUUGAUCAGUUAUGGUGGCUAUCCCUUGUUGCUGCAGUCAUGUCUUUUGGUUACUCGACCAUUGGGCUUGGCCUUGGAAUCUCCAAAUUGGUUGAGAACAAAGAGAUUAAAGGCACUCUCACUGGAAUCAGCAUCGGGACAGUGACACCGACCGAGAAAAUGUGGAGAACCUUUCAGGCUCUUGGAAAUAUUGCGUUUGCCUAUGCUUACUCCAUGAUUUUCGUUGAGAUUCAGGACACGCUAAAAUCACCGCCUGAUGAAGAAAGCACGAUGAAGAAAGCAGCUCUUGUAAGUGUGGCAGUGACGACCUUCUUCUACACGCUCUGUGGCUGCGUAGGGUAUGCAGCAUUCGGAGAGUCUGCACCCGGAAACCUCCUGGCUGCUGGAGGCUUCACAAACCCGUAUUGGUUGCUUAACAUAGCCAAUCUCGCCAUAUUAAUCCAUCUUGUCGGAGCUUACCAAGUCUAUGCCCAACCAAUCUUUGCCUUUGUCGAGAAAAAAGCGUCCAAGAUGUAUCCAGAGAGCAAGUUCGUCACAAAAGAGAUCAAGAUUCGACCCUUCAAUUUGAAUCUCUUUAGGCUCGUGUGGAGGACGGUCUUUGUUAUUACAAUAACGUUGAUCUCAAUGCUAAUGCCUUUCUUUAAUGAUGUUGUUGGUCUCUUGGGGGCCAUUGGUUUUUGGCCUCUAACGGUUUAUUUCCCUGUGGAAAUGUACAUUGCACAGAAGAAUGUGCCGAGUUGGAGCAAAAGAUGGGUUUGUCUUCAAGUCUUGAGUUUAGCUUGUCUUAUUGUCUCUUUAGCGGCGGCAGCAGGAUCUGUAGUUGGCAUUGUUAGUAAAAUCAAGACUUACAAACCCUUCGAGUCGGAUUUCUGA